CAGUGAUAUCCAGUUCAAUCCAGGAACCCUAGAGUGUUUUUACCGUUUUCGCUGUUCCGCUGUUUUCCGUUCACUCAAGCGCUAAUAUAAGCAGGGAUAUGUCCAAUACAUACUGUGAAGCAUAAAUAGCUUUGACUAGCCAUGGCAAGUAGUGCUGGCGAGAAACCGCCCAACAACAUGCCGCCGAGUAAUGUUGUGGUCCCGGACAGCCCUCCGCCAUCGCCUCCCAGCAAGGGAUGCUGCGAACAGCAUCAGUGUGAAUCGCCGGCUAACAUUCCACCUCCCACAAACCAAGCAUGGCCAGCAUCAAAUCAUCUCCAUCGUAACAGCGGAGGGACAGCAGCAGCAGCUGGCUCUGGAGAAGGAUUCACCAGCAACGGAUUGAGACCACGGAUUGAUGAGACGGUGGCUCCUGCACCUGCCCUCAAUUAUGCUGGACACGUGCUUUUCAACUGGCAAGCAUCGAAAGCAACAGUGAAGGAGAGACUGGGCUUCCUGUUCAACAAAGAGAUCCUGAGCGAUGUGCGAUUUCUGGUGGGACGUGGACCACAGCAGCAGCGAGUACCUGCACACAAGUUUGUGCUCUCUGUAGGCAGUGCCGUAUUUGAUGCUAUGUUCAACGGAGCCAUGGCCACGACCGCGGAUGAGAUCGAGCUGCCUGACGUCGAGCCCGCCGCAUUUCUUGCCCUGCUGCGGUUUCUCUACUCGGACGAAGUUCAUAUAGGACCAGAGACCGUGAUGACAACGUUGUACACCGCAAAGAAAUAUGCCGUGCCAGCGCUGGAGAAAGCAUGCGUGGAAUUCCUCAAACGUCACCUGAGUAGCGACAACGCUUUCCUGUUGCUGGCGCAAGCGAGGCUCUUCGACGAACCACAGCUAGCUGCACUCUGCCUCGACGCGAUCGACAAGGGCACCGCGGAAGCACUAACCGCGGAAGGUUUCACGGAUGUCGACCACGACACCCUGUGCACUGUCCUGGAGCGAGAUACACUUCGCAUUUGCGAGGCCAAGCUUUUCACUGCGGUACUGAGGUGGGCGGAACAGGAGUGUGUCCGACUUGGCUACCCUGUGAGUCCCGAGCACCAGCGCACCGUUCUGGGCAGAGCCCUCUACCUCAUACGUUUUCCGCUGAUGACCAUAGAAGAGUUUGCCAUUGGACCCGCGCAGUCUGGUGUGCUCACCGACCGUGAGGUCGUAUCCCUAUUCCUGUACUUCACUGUAAACCCCAAGCCCGGAGUGAACUUUCCAGAUGCCCCGAGAUGUUGCAUCACUGGCAAGGAGCAAGUGGUAGCACGCUUUCAACACACUGAGAGCCGCUGGGGCUAUUCGGGCACUUCAGACCGCAUCAGGUUCAUGGUGGACAGGAAGAUAUUUGUUGUGGGAUUCGGACUGUACGGGUCUAUCCAUGGACCAUCUGAUUACGACGUCAACAUCCAGAUAAUUCAUACAGGAACUGGAAAGGUAGUGGGAUCGAAUGACACGAGCUUCAACAGCGACGGUUCACCUUCCAUGUUUCGUGUCAUGUUCAAGACGCCAAUAGAGAUUUCGCCCAAUACAAAUUACACAGCAUGUGCUACACUCAAAGGACCAGACUCGCACUACGGCACCAAGGGCCUGCGCAAAAUUACGCUGGACUGUCCAAGAGGUGGCAAGGUGACAUUCCACUUCACCUAUGCUGCGGGAAAUAACAACGGCACGUCAAUCGAGGACGGACAGAUUCCAGAGAUCAUUUUCUUCACCUGACCCGAGAGACGCUUUGCCCUGGCCAUCCUGUGGCCUUGUCGCAACAAGAGAAGAAUCACCGAGCUGCUCCCAUGAAGACACCAUCAAAAAAAACUCUUUGCGUUGUUGUUACCGGUAAUGUUACUGGCAGUGCCACUGGUACAGAGAAGCCACGGAGGUAGCCUGCCCAAACAGUAAGGGAAAGUUGGCAGUGUCCAAGAUAACUUACAGAUACAGUCGCUCGGGAACGAAUUCUCACUAUAAGCUGAGGUUAGGCAAAUACCUCGCAAGUAUUAACCAUAAUGGUAUCUAGUCUUCCUAGAUUGAACAAUCUCUUCCUCCAUGCAUUCCGGAUAGCCUAGAUUGGUUCGGUACAAGUAGCGCCGCUCGUGUAAUAUGGACACACUGUGUUUCGUGGUAACAACCACAUAAAAGCUUCUUUGGGCUGAUAGCAUUUACAGUGUACUGCGUCUCACGUUUCAAAAGCAAAAGAUGGAGUCAGUUACGUGAUGUCCACCCUGUUUUCCAGGCUCCAAACUUGUCUUUGGACGCAUAAAUUAGAUGGUUUCCAUGAGUGAAGGUGUAGUGGAGUGUAGAUGGAGCUUUCGCACACACUUUCCACUGCCAAACGGCAAGCCAAGAAAAGAAAACACUGAUUCCAUGUUCUGCAGGUAUAUUUGAAUGCCGUGUUCUCGUUAGUACUUUGUGGUGAUUGAUCAUGCUAAUGAUUACUACAAUUGAGGGCAUUAAGAAGGCAAUCUGCUUUGUAAAAUAAAAAACUUAAUAUAUGUAAUUGCCAGCAUUUCAGAACAUGAGUGCAUCAAUAUUUGUGAGCAAGCUGUGCAGUCUUCAAACUGCAGUUGUUCCUCUUGUUCAAGUGGUAUUGUGUUAAAUACAAGGGUUUAACGCAUGUUCCAUGUGGAAUACAUAUGUCCACUUAUAAGGUUUCUUCUCAACGCAUUUUUCUUAUAUUUGGUGGUGCGACAAACUCACUCAUCUUGUUGGAAUUUAAUUCUAAAACAUUGUUUUCUUUGUAUUUAUUUUUGAUUUGGAGUGUCUUGCUUACUGCUUGGAGGAGUUACUGUUUGCAGGGUAUGUGUAGUCUGCAGUGUUCUGAGCGCAAAACGUGCUGCAUGUGUGUCACAAGCCUGAAUCAUGUGUUUCCAUCUCCGAUAUGAAUUAAGAAAGAAAGAAAGAUCUAUAGGUGCAAUUUCAGAAACUCUCAAUGUAUUGAUGUUAAUAAACAAACUGAUCAGUGAA